GCUUCUGCCUUGAGUGCAACUGGUGUAGUUGCUAUGAAGUUAAAAGAGGUGUUCAUGGAAUGAAAAGAAGAUGACGAUGUAGUCAAAAUUUCUUGGCCCAUUACCAUUGUGGGUAACACGAGGCUGUAAGCCCCAUUCUUUCCAAUUGAUUCAUUCAAUUUCCUCUAGUGCGGUAGCCGCUAGUAAUUUGAUUGUGAUGUUUUGGUAUCUGAGAUGGCAAGUAAAAGUUCACAUGAACAAACAAACUUUGCCGGAUUGCAGCCACGCCUUCGUUUGCUUCCUUCCAAACAAGGAAUCUACUGACUCGUUCCAACAAAUUGAACAUGUUCAUAAAGAAUCACAAUGUCAUCCCUAAUUUUAUCGUACGUUGGAACCUGGUAACAACUCUGGCAUUGUAAGACAGUUAAGGCCUUAUAUACUAUUUUAGUAAUCCAUUGACCUCUCCAUUCUCCAUGCGCCCUCGACAAAAUAAACAACACUAGACCGUAUACGGUUCCUGAGGCGAUGGAAGGAGUGAUAGACUCGCCGGACGCAGAGAAGCGCCGCCCACGCCGUCCUGGCACCAUCACGGCCGUGUUCUUGGUCGCCUUGCCGCUGCUGCUGGUGGUCUUCCUCUUCCGCGACAUCGCCGCCGACGCCCUCCUUUGGCCGGAACUGAAACAGCAAAGUCCCCGCAGCAAUGCGUCGUCCCCGGGCUCGGGCAAGCACGACAGGCUCCUCGGCGGCCUGCUCUCCCCGGACUUCGACGACGAACCGGCGGCAUGCCGCAGCCGGCACGAAUCCUCCAGGCGCUGGAAGCCGUCUCCGUUUCCAGUCUCCCCUUACCUCGUCCGGAAGCUGAGGCAGUACGAAGCGAACCACCGCCGGUGCGGGCCAGGCACGGCGCGCUAUCGUGAGGCCGCGGCGCAGCUCGAGUCCGGCCGCAAUGCCGACGAGCAUGGCGGGUGCCGGUACGUGGUGUGGCUCCCGAUCCAGGGCCUCGGCAACCGGAUGCUCAGCCUCGUCUCCACCUUCCUCUACGCGCUCCUCACUGGCCGCGUCGUCCUCGUCCAUCAGCCACCAGGAAUGGAGGCCCUCUUCUGCGAGCCCUUCCCGGGAACGUCGUGGCUGCUGCCACCGGACUUCCCCUACAAGGACGGCUCCCGCUUCUGGUCCGGCUGCAAGGAGAACUACGUGACCAUGCUUGAGAACAACCUCGUCCGCUACGAAGACGAUGUCAGUGGCGGCAAUGCGAGCACACCGCUCCCGGCGGCGUACGUGUACCUCCACCUGGAGAACAUGAAGCUCCGGCUCCAGAACCACACCUUCUGCGACGAGGACCACCGGGUGCUCGACAGGUUCAACUGGAUACUGCUCCGGUCCGACAGCUACUUCGCCGUGGCGCUGUUCCUCGUGCCGAGGUACCGAGACGAGCUGAACCGGAUGUUCCCGUCCAAGGGGUCCGUGUUCCACCACCUCGGCAGGUACCUCUUCCACCCGGGGAACCGACCCUGGGGGAUCAUCCAAAGGUUCUUCGACGGGUAUCUGGCCGGCGCUGACGACCGUCUCGGCGUGCAGGUCCGCAUCGUGCCAUACCAGGCUGUCCCAUUCGAGGUCAUGUUCGAGCAGAUCCUCCGGUGCACGCGUGAGCAUGACCUCCUGCCGCAAGUGACCGACGAACCUGCUGCCCCCGCCGGCGUACCAACAAAUGGCACGGCGAAGGUGAAGAAGGCCGUCCUGGUGGUGUCGUUGAAGCCGGAGUACUACGACAAGCUGCACGGCAUGUACUACGGCAACGCGACGGCGACCGGCGAGGUCGUGACGGUGCACCAGCCGAGCCACGACGAGGACCAGCACACGGAGGCUCGGGCGCACAACGAGCGCGCCCUGGCCGAGAUGUACCUGCUGAGCUACUGCGAUAGGGUGGUGACCACGGGGUGGUCAACAUUCGGGUAUGUCGCGCACGCGCUGGCCGGGCUGCGGCCGUGGGUGCUGAUCCCGCUCGAUUGGAGCAAGAUGAGGGCCGACGUCGCCUGCGUUAGGCCGGAGUCCGUCGAGCCGUGUCUGCACUCGCCGCCGUCUCUCGUCUGUCGGCGCCAGCAGGAUCUUGACCCGGUGGCACAUGUGCCGUUCCUGCGCCACUGCGAAGAUGUGGGCGCCGGCCUCAAGCUUUUCGAUUGAGUUCGAUUUGUGAGGGGAGGCAGAAUUUAGUAGUAACAUCUUGUGCUUGAUCAGUCACUGUAAUACACAUGUUCUAUAUCGAGCCUUUUCGCUCCUAUGACUUGCAGGAGUUUUACGGGGUUACUAAAGACGAUUGCUGAUUAGAUUAAACUUCUUCAUUUGUAGUUCUCAUCCGAA